AAAUUGUGGAUAUGAGGAAAGUGCCGAGUAAACGAAGUCUCGCGAAGCUUCCACGCUCGCGACUGCCACAGAAGCCAUAUGGCUUUUGCUGCGAGGAAAAAGAUCAGGACCCUGAAAAACGCUACGACAUGCGGAACCCGCCAUUUGCAUCGUCCUUGACGGACGUGAUUCUGGACGGUGGCGGACCCGGGGUGAAAUUUCGCGUUCAGGACAUCAGUCCGUCGCCGCGUCCCAUUCAACGCAGAAUGCUCGAGAUCAAGGGCAGAGCUUACCUGGGACACUGCAAGCGAUGUCGGGGACCCCUGCGAUGGUACCUCGAGGACGAAAUUGCGCUCGCGCGCGAAUUCCUCGCGAAGGAGAAACGAGACAAUUACAACGCGAUUGUAAAAAGGAAUUUAAUGAUUGCCAAACGGAAGGGUGAUACUUCACACCUUUAGAAUGCAAAGCGAACUGUUUCUUGACUUUUUUCAUGCAUUUUAUGAAAGAGCUCUGGCUCGUAUUUUGAAUUCUUUUAUCGAUAAAAGUGAUUUAAAAGUGUUCUUAAAAUUAGUUCACAGAAGUCACAGAAGGCUUACAAAUCACUUUUAGAAGCACUUUUAUCGAUAAAAAAAGGAUUCAAAAUAUGAAUCAUUUUUAUAAUC